AUGGAGAUGAAAUCUGUCACCGUCCUUGUCGCCCAGCAGAAAUCGCCCGAUCCCUUGUUCCUGAGAUUUUCAUCGUACCAACGUCUUUUGAAUGUCGUCGGAUACUGUCUUAGAUUCGCUCAAAAUGCUCGCAGUAAGAAUAACAGAAUAACUGACCGAGUACUCUCCGUGGUAGAGCUACAAGCAGCAAAAUUCGGUUUAGUAAAAUUGGUGCAAGCAGAAUCGUUUCCUGAAGAACUAAAAUCGCUGCAUCGGGAGGUAUGUGUGUCCACGAAAUCCCAACUUCGUCUACUCAACCCUUUCAUGGACACACAAGGAAUAAUUCGCGUUGGUGGCCGGCUACGGCUUUCCGACGAAUCCUAUGAUGUUAAGCAUCAAAUCGUCAUCCCUGGUUUCCAUCCUUUCACCAAGCUGCUUAUAAACUUUCACUAUCGCAAAAUAAUUCAUGGAGGCAUUGUCAUGACGCUAGCCGUCGUUCGUGAUGAAUUCUGGCCGCUCAAUGGACGAAAAGCAGUUCGAAGUGUCAUCCGUAACUAUUUCAGGUGCAACAGAGUCAACCCCCGUCCCAUCCAACAACCCGUAGGACAACUACCAAUUGGAAGAGUUACCGCAAAUGAAGCUUUUACCCACACCGGUGUUGAUUAUUGCGGUCCUCUUUAUUUGAAACCAACGCACCGAAGAGCAGCAGCACGGAAAUGUUACGUCGCUGUGUUCGUUUGCCUCGCAACGAAAGCAGUACACUUAGAAUUAGUGGGCGAUCUGUCCACGAACACCUUUCUCAUGGCCCUCAACCGUUUCAUCUGGCGAAGGAACAAACCGUCCCACAUGUACUCUGAUAACGGUACCAACUUCAUCGGAGCCAAGAAUGCGUUACAUCAGUUAUACACUAUGCUUCAGUCCGGACCCGACCAAGACAGAAUCUCCAGACAGCUUGCUGAGGACGGUAUUCAAUGGCAUCUAAUUCCUCCCCGUUCUCCAAACUUCGGUGGGCUGUGGGAAGUAGCAGUUAAGGUGGCCAAAACGCAUCUGGUUCGCCAACUGGACAGUUCAUCACUUUCCUAUGAGGAACUUACCACCGUACUAACAACUAUCGAAGGCUGUAUGAAUUGCCCGCUCACACCGCUAUCAGAUGACCCCAACGAUCUGUCAGCUCUUACUCCAGCGCAUUUCCUCGUCAAGAACAUGAUCCGCCCGCUGCCAGAACCAGACAUCAGAAACGUACCGCUUAACCGCCUUAGCCAAUAUCAACGUAUCCAAGCCUACUCGCAGCGAUUUUGGCAUAGAUGGAGGAACGAGUAUUUGAAGCAGCUUCAGUCGCAGUACACAACCAACCCUCACUUGUACAACCUGGACAUCGGCUCUGUAGUAAUCCUCAAAGAUGAAUCACUCCCGACGGCGCGUUGGCCAUUAGCCCGCAUCGUAGAAAUUCAUCCUGGACCUGACGGCGUCAUCCGCGUUGCAACUUUACGCACUUCAUCACGUUGA